AUGAGUUCAACACAACAGGUGGUUGUAAUUUGGGCCGCAACGAUUCCUUGGGCCGCAACGAUUCCUUGGGCCGCAACGAUUCCUUGGGCCGCAACGAUUCCUCAAGUAACUCAGGACCAACAUGGACAGAGAAUUGAGUGCUCUCAGGAGGCUGGCAAACCUCACAGAAGGAAGAGAGAAAAAAAAUACUUCUGUGAUCUGUGUGGGAAGAAUUUUGCUAAUAAAUGUACAUUGAAAAAUCAUAAAUUCAUCCACACUGGAGAGAGACCGUUCAGCUGUGACGUGUGUGGAAAGUCUUUUACCGAGGCUGGACACUUAAAAACACACCAACUCAUCCACAGUGGAGAGAAACCGUACCUCUGUGAUCAGUGUGGCAAAGCUUUUGUCCACAGUAAAGCCUUAAAGAGUCAUCAAAUUACCCACUCUGGAAUUAAGGCACACAGCUGUGACUUUUGUGGAAAAACCUUCAGCAACAUAAGUAAGAGAAAUGCACACCUCCGCAUUCACACUGGACAAGAUGCGUACUGGUGUGAUCGGUGUGGCAAAAAGUUUGGAACAAAAUGGCACCUAGAACACCACAUGGUUACCCACACUGAGGAGAGACCUUAUCAGUGUGACCUGUGUAAUAAGACUUAUAAAUCGCAACAGUACCUGAAAGAACACCAAAAGAUCCACAGCAGAAAGAAACUCUACAAGUGCAGUUCCUGUGAGAAGCAGAGCCACACAGAUGGAUCCAGUUCUCAGUCCUGUCGUCGCUGUGGUGGUGGGAAAGCGUUUCGCUGUGACCUUUGUGGAAAAACCUUCAAUCAUCAACACAACUUAAAAACACAUCAACGUAGACACACUGGACACAACCUGAACUACUGCAAAGAAUGUGGGAAAAGCUUCAUCACAGCAGCUGGAUUAAAACAACAUGAACUCAUCCACAGUGGGGUUAAAAAGCACGUCUGUGACCAGUGUGGGUCAUCCUUCUUCCAUGCAGACCGCCUUAAAGUACAUAAACGAGUCCACACAGGAGAGAAACCAUACAAGUGCAGACACUGCGAGAAAAGCUUCUCAAGUUCAAGUUAUCGUAACGUUCAUGAACGUUCACACAUUGAAAGGAGCUACAGCUGUGACCAGUGUGACAAGAGCUUCAAGAAUCUCAUUUUAUACUCCUACCACAAACGAUCCCACGAAGCAAAGAACUGUUUCACUGUUACCAAUGUGCAAAAACAUUCUCUUCAUUAUCUGCUCUGUCCAAACAUCAGCGUGAUCAUGCAGGGCUGAAAUCAUUCCCAUCAUUGGAUCACAAUGAAUCUGCAGACACACAAAGAUCCUCUUCUGGUUGCACAGUCAAACUUGAAAACCUUGAGAUCCAGAUCCACUGAAUUCCGAUGGAAUCUCCUGUAAACAGUGUCAGUUAAUGUCACACUUGGAUCUGAUGAAGUAGCUCUGAUUUCUGGAUUUGCAGUGAAUAAUCCUGAAUCUGACAUUUAGGAAGCUGCAAGUACAGAUAUAUACAUCAAGGUUUUUAUUUGUGUUUGAGGAAUUUUAUUAAUCCUUUAAAAUGUUAUCCCAGGUUUUCCAGUUAAAUUUGAAUCAUUUUAGAAACAGUAGUAGUACUUGUAGUAUAGAAAUGUCUGUUAUAUCCAACUGAUACUGCAGCCAAACUUUAUCUUUAAUAAGUACUUAAAGGUUGGUCGAGUCAGUGCAGUACUCUGUUUAAUAAGCAGCAGCCAUCGAUAACUACAGACAUCAUGUCUCAUUAGAAUUUAAUUAUUCAACUAAAUAAUUUCUCACAGGUGACCCUGUCUGUGGUUAUGAAUAUUAGCAGGUCAUUAAUAUCCAUUUAUAACACUACAAUAAAGUUAGAGUUGUUAUAAUUGGAAAUCGAGGGGCCCAUAGCUCAGGAGGUAAAGCAGGUCAUACACUAAUUGGAAGGUUGGCCGUUGGAUUCCUGGCUGCUAGAGGCUGCAUGCCAAAGAUACUGAAGUCCAAGUUGCUCUCUGAAGCAAUCAUUGGAGUAUGAAUGUGUGUGAAUGGACAGAAAGCACUUAGCUACAGAUGGAGGUGCUUGUAUGAAUGGGCGUGAAUGGCUAAAUGCAAAAUGUUGUUUAAGUGCAUUAACUGCUCAGCUAGAGUAGAACAGCGUCAUAUAAGAACUAGUCAAUUUACCAUUUAUAGUUUGUUUUUAAUUACUCUGAAUUUUCUUUUUGUAAUUUUAGUUUUUAAUCCAGUUUAGUUUGUUCCAAGUGUGGAUUUAUAUUAGCGUAGGUUUUUCUUUGUUUCCUUUUUGUGUUACUUUUCUUUGUAUUGCAGUAAUAUGUGGAAGUGUUGUCAGGAAGAGGACAGAUUUAGGAAGUACAGAGCAGGUAUUACAAUUCAAACACAGCAUCUUUGUGAAUGACUCAGUGAUGUAGAAAUCCAAGUCUCAGACAUCUGCCCACUGAGUUAGCUUUGAAUCUUUUUAUAAUCCUUUUAAUGCUUUUGAUUUUAGUCAUGGGUGUAAACUUAAACAUGAUCAGCAUUUUAACUCUGACCUAAAGAAUGUGGAAAAGAGACUCGUGGAUCAACAGGAUCUGCAGUCAUUCACUCAAAUAUUUCUCCCACCAGCUGAGUCACAUAUUUCAGUUCCAGGAAGUCUUCACAGACACAGCAUGCAGCGAGUGGAUGGAAAGCUGCUGUGGUAAUCCCUGCUCCUAAAUCCAGUUCUCCCAGGACUCUAAAUGAUUUCACACCAGCUGCUCUGAAAACCUUCCAACAUGAACUAAAACCAUCACCAGGAUGUGAAACAGCAGCUGCUGUGUCUUUAUGUCCAAAAAAGAUGUAAACUGAAGCUGAACUGAGGCUGUACUUCUGUGUAAUACCAAUCUGUACCACAAGAUGGAGCAGUGAGUCAGUGUGACCUUUAUUUAAUCAGACAAAGAAGUCGUUCUUAUUUCCAGGGGCGGCCUGCAGAAGUCAAAGCCUCUUGAGGAAAUGGGGGUGAGGCAGCAAAGAAGUGCUGACAGGUAAAAACAGCAGCACAUCAGAAACAUCUCAGGAGCUUUUUAAAGUUUGCAGAUGAUCUGUUGUUGUUGGUCAGCUCCAGGACCAUGAGAGCAGCCAUGGCCCAGUCCUCUUGUCUUAAUGCUGUUUAAUGCUUUGUCUGUUACUGCCUUUGCUUUAGUGUGGCAGGCAGUGGCUGAUGUCUCUGUCAGUAAGAAGGCUGGAACACUGACACUGAUGAAGAUGAUGAAGAGCGCCUUGGACCUGUUUGAUUUUUGAGACCAUAAACACAGAUUUUUAUUUCCCAGCAGCCGGAUGAACAAACGAGUGUUUGUCUUCCAUCAUGUAGGGUGGAUUUGUUCUUCUUUUUCCUUCACUGUGUUUGAUUCUGUUUCUGGGAUGUUUGGAAAGGUUUUCAUUUUCACAUGGAUGAGCUGCUGAAUGCAAACCAAAUGUACCUGCAGGAGCAAAUAAACUCACCUGAACCUGAA